AUGAAACAAUGGUGUUGCUGGCCACCACUGUAUAAUAAAUUAAUUCUUAAUUUUCUUAGUUUUAUUGAACAUUUGUUUGCUGCAAAGGAAGCCUUCAGUCACUUACCUGCUUCUUCAAAUUCAUCUUUUGAACAUCUUUUAUGGAAAUAUCGUUUUUUAAAUAUUUGGUCAAAUAUUUUGAUUGACAAACAAAUUGAUUUGUUUAAACAAAUGAAUGAAUUAUCCAAUUUAUUAUUUAAAAUUUCUUCUUCAACUACCAAAAAUCUUCAAAUAGAAUUUCUUUUGGAAAGAGCACUUUCUCUUUUAAAUUUUUUUGAAUUUUCCUCUUCAAAGAAAUGUUUAGAAGAAGCAAUUAAACUUGCCGGAUUUAAACAAUUACAAUUAGGUGGAGCUUUAGGAAAAAGAACUCAAUUUCAAGAAAAAAGUGUUCCCCAACUUUUUGUUGAGUUUGAAGUAACUUCUACUACCAAUCAAAAAAUAGAAGAACCAACAGAAAUAAUUCAAAAUACAAAGAAUGGGGAUGAUACACUUUUGGAAAAAAUUUUGUUUGAUGAAAAGCCCAAAAAUAAAAUACAAAAAAUUAAUUCCCACCAAAUUGCUUGUAUUUUGGUAAUAGAUCAACGUCCUUUUUGGUCUUUACAAAUGAGAGCAUUAAUUGAACGUUCAAAAUUGGAAGCAAAAAAUUCUAGAAGAAUUGAAAGGGCUUGUUCUCAAAUGGAAAUAUUAGCUAAUAUUUUGAAUGAAAAUGUUAAAAAUGAGUCUAUAGAAUCAGAACGACUCAAUUUAAUUUUUGUUUGUUCUCCUCUUCCAUUCUGGAAAGUUAGCAAAUUACAUGCAGAAAUUUUGCUUUCGCUUGGAUGUUUUUCUGAGGCUAUCAGAAUAUUUGAAAAAUUAAAUUAUUGGGAAGAUGUUGUUAAAUGUUAUUUAAAUUCUGGACAAUCUGAAAAGGCCGAAAUUUUAAUUAAAAAACUUUUGGAAGAAAAGGGAGAAAAUCUUUUUUAUUAUUGUCUUCUUGGAAAUAUUACAAAUGAAGAAUGUUUUUAUUUAAAAGCUAUUGAAGUUUCCGAAGAUGGAAAUGCACUUGCCAGGGCAUCAUUAGGAAAUUUAAUGUUAAAACGAAAAAAUUUUUCUGAAGCAAUGAAACAUUUUGAAAAAUCGUUGGAUAUCCAACCAUUACAGCCUGGUAUUUAUUUUAACUAUGGGUAUUCUGCAAUGAAAUCCGGCAAUUUUCAGACUUCUGUAAAAGCUUUUCAUCGUUGUGUAAAUAUUGAACCUGAACAUUUUGAAGCUUGGAAUAAUUUGGCAGCUUCAUAUAUUCAUUUAAAUCAAAAACAUAGAGCACAUAAAAUUUUACAAGAAGCCUUAAAAUUAAGUUGGGAAAAUACUUACCUUUGGACAAAUUUUCUUUUAAUUUCUGUUGAUAUUGGGGAUUAUGAGAGUGGAAUAUCUGCUUUGGAAAGAUUAAUGGAUUUGGACAAAAAUUUAAAAAUCGAUGAAAGCCCUCUAGAAAUUAUGUCGAUUGAAAUAUUAAAUGAACAAAAUAAAGAAAAAUUGGGAAUGAAGAAAUCACUUUUGAGGGUUUUGGCACGUGCAAGUUCGAGACAGUCUUUUGGUGGAAAGUUACAACGUCUUCACGCGUUCUUAAAAAAGCCAGAAAAUGGAGAGGAUAUAACACAAUGGACAAUUUUUGUUAAUUUACUUGAAAAAGCUUUUAAAAAAGAAUUUGAUAGAAUUACUAUAGGAAAGAUUUUUAAAAAUUACAAGGAUUUAUUAAAUCAAUUUUUGGAAUUAAUUGAAGAAUUUAAAUUGUUUUGGAAAAUACAAAAUUUGGAAGAAAUACAGAUAAAUUCUCAAUUAAAAUUAAGAAUAAAACCAAUUAUUGGAUUUUUUGAAAAAGAAUUUGGAGAAAAUUGUGAAUUAUGUGAAGAUGAAGAAUUUAAUAAAUUAUUUAGAGAAAUUAAGAAUUUGUGUAUUUUUUAA